CGGCUCAAGCGAUCUUGAGAUGGCUGUACAUUGUGCCCUUAAAAAAUAUAUAUAUACUAGUGCACCAGGUGGCUGUACAUCAAGCCAGUCACCUCAUCAGUUCCGAAACCCAAACUUAUAAUCACUUGCUAUAUUAUUCCGAACUGUACGUGUAACUCUCAAGGACUUCUGGGGCACAGACUACAUGGACUCGAGAAGCAUGGGUUUCUCUCUUUGAGAUGAUAACCACUACCUCUUCCUGCAGAAUCGCGGACCCAUGAAGAAGAGAGAGGGAAAAAGAAAUGGCUGGCGUCGGCUUCCUGGCGAGAAGGAUGGAGCUCCUCCACCACCCCAACCUUUCUUACUCCCUCACCGCCUUCCUCUCCAUGUCAGAGCUCAAGCGCACCCACGCCCACAUCAUCACCUCCGGCCUCUCCUCCGACCCCUUCACCCUCGCGCGCCUCCUCGCCGCCGCCGCUAUCGCGCCCUCCGGCGACCUACGCUACGCCAAGCUCCUUUUCGACGCCGUCGCCCACCCCACCCUCUUCAUGUACAACACCAUGAUCCGCGCCUUCUCGCAGAGCCCAGAACCCAUCGAUUCAAUCAACUACUACCUCCGAAUGCUCCGUUCCGGAAUCUCGCCGGAUAGACUCACCUUCCCUUUCCUUCUCAAGUCUUGCGCCGCCCUCGGCCUCGCCGGCCUCGGCCGAGGCGUCCACUGCCACGCUAUCGAGCUCGGGUUGGACUCUGACGUGUUUAUCCUCAACAAUGCCAUCGCCAUGUACUCGGGUUGGGGCGACACGAACUCUGCUCACCAGCUGUUCGACGACAAUUUUAACAUAGCUGAUGUCGUCUCUUGGACCGCAUUGAUCACUGGGUACUCGAACCGCGGGGAACUGGAUCGUGCCCGGUGGUUCUUUGAUCGGAUGCCGAGCAGGAAUAUGAUCUCUUGGAAUGCAAUGAUCGCAGGCUAUGCGCGAAGCGGCAGGGCUGAGGAAUCGUGGCAUCUGUUCGGUGAAAUGCCCGAAAGAAAUGUGGAGUCAUGGAGCUCGAUGAUUUCAGGGUUUGCACAAAGUGGGCUUUGCAGAGAGGCGUUGGCCGUGUUCGACGAGAUGGUUCAGAGAGAGGUGACGCCGAACGAACCAACUUUGGUCAGUGUGGUGUCAUCUUGCGCGCAGCUGCGAGACUUGGAGCACGGCCGGUGGGUGCAUGAUUACAUCAACCAGCAUGAGGUUGAGUCGAGUGCGAUCCUGGGAACGGCUCUGGUGGACAUGUACGGCAAGUGUGGGAGCAUAGGCGAGGCGGUCGAGGUCUUUAAGAAGAUGCCUGCGAAGAACGUGUAUUCAUGGAACUCGAUGGUGACCGGCUUGGCCAUGAAUGGAUCCGGGCGGCAAGCAUUGGCGCUCUUCUGGAAGAUGAAGCUGAUGGGCAUCGAGCCGAAUGCCAUAACCUUCGUUGGAUUGCUGAGUGCAUGCAGCCACUCAGGACUGGUCGAUGAGGGGCAACGGUUCUUCGAUACGAUGACGAGAGUGUAUGGGAUUAGGCCGCUGCAGGAGCACUAUGGUUGCAUGGUUGAUUUGCUGGGCCGUGCCGGGCUGCUGAAGGAAGCAUUGGAUUUUGCGGACAGGAUGCCGGUGGAGCCCCAUGCAGGGCUGUGGGGAGCGCUUGCUGGUGCUUGUAGGAUCCAUGGAGAUGUCGAGCUGGGGGAGGAAGUAGGGAAGCGUUUGAUUGAGUUGGAGCCGCAUCAUGGUGGAAGGUAUGUUCUGUUGGCCAAUAUAUAUGCAGCUGCAAAAAGGUGGAAUGACAUGGUCAUGGUAAGGAAAUUGUUGAAGGAGAGGGGGGCGAGAAAAGUCCCAGGGAACAGCAUGGUGGAAGCACUCCCUGCAGCAUCUAUGUGAUGAUGUUCUUAUCGUGAUCGACAACUACAGGUUGGCAAAUUGAAUGUUGAUGGUGUUAUCCUCGUAAAGGAGGGAUUUUUAGGGAAUUGUAAGUCCAAAUCAGAAGGGAGAGCUUUUUUUUUUCCCCCAAAACGGAUGUAUUAUAUAAUAUGGAUACAGAUACAGUCAAAAGAUAAUAGGUUCCGAAGUACAUCGGAUAGCUUCCUCUUUUUCAUUCAAAAA